AGGGGCAUCGAGGCACCACCCCUUCCCCUGGUCAGAAGCAGAGCAGAAAAUCUCAAGCUAAGCACAGACAGGGAAUAAACGCUCCAAGAUUCAACUUUACAUCACGGGGUCACUACCUGAACCUGGGGCUUCAUGAGCCCCAAGCUCAUGGAUUAGCAAACCACACAGCAUGUUCCCUUCUAGGUUUAGCUUUUAACAAAGAGCAUUUGCAAAAGGGUUCUAGGCAGGAGCUGGAGCUCAGCUUAUUGCAGACACAGGAUGACAAGAAGGAGGGGAACGACUCGUGUCUCAGAGCAGGGUACCCGGGGACACUGCCAGACAGGUCAUAACCGAGGCCCUGUGCCUGCUCGGGGUGUUUUACACCCAGGGAUGACAACAGCCAGCAAGUACAAGGGGUAAAGCACAGUUGGCUUGCAGCUUCCCUGUUGAACUGCCUCGAGUCAGGAGAACGAAGGUCUUGCCGCUACCCAUUGCGGAUUGCAAGGGCUUCCUGAAAGCCGGUCCCUUCGGUCCCAUCACACACACAGAGCGGGUGUUUGCAGCCCCAGCCUGCAGUCCCCAUCCCUUAGCUGGAAGAUAACAUCCUGAUUCCCUCCGCUCUCUUUUUCACAUGACUGACCACAGAACUAUUAAUAUCUGAACCCAGAGCUGGUUCAGCCGGACCACUCAUUCCCUCCAAGGAGGGGAAAACCACAGCUUCUCCCAUCCCUGGAAAAACCUUUUGGGACAGCGAGAGCAGCAGCUCAGAUGUAGCAGAGACAGUUCUGGUUUGCUGAUACACCCCCGUGGAGAACACCAACCAGCAUGAGAGAGUUCAGUUUAUCUCUUCUGUGCCUCCUCUCCACCUUCAAGAAGGGUGUGCAGUCCAAUGGCUGGUCCAUCCAUGUCCCGUCUGAUGUUACCGGGGAGCUCGGGAAGAUGGUUGUUCUGCCCUGUACCUUCACACACCCUUACAAAACCUUUGACCGGACCCUCACUGCCAUUUGGAGGAUCAAGGAACCUUACAACGGCACCGUAGUGUUCAAGUGCACCAGCCAGAGUGCCAGCGAGCUCUGUAAGACUGCUGUCAGCUACAAAAACAAGUACAAACUGUUUGGCAACCCCCGGCACAAGGACCUCUCCAUCAGGAUUGACAAUCUGACCUGGAGUGACAGCGAGAGGUACUUCUGCCGAGUGGAGCUCUCCGGAGACAUCCACGACAAGUAUGAAAGCAGGAAUGGGAUAAAGCUGCAUUUGAUUGCUGCCCCCAGGAUCAUUAACAUCACCGUCAGCUCCAACGGGGAUCACACCUUCCAAGCCCGCUGCACGGCCGAGGGGGAGCCAGCGCCCACCCUGACGUGGAGCAGCCCCCACCACAGCAACCUCACCUCGGUCACGAGCACGAGCCACCGCGUCACCAAGGAGCUCCAGUACCUGACGCACGACGGCAAGUACACGUGCACGGCAGUCAACAGCCACGGGAGAGCAGAGGGGGCAGUCUACUUCUAUAAGUUCAGAGCGUCCAACAGCUCCUUCUUCAUGAUCCUCAUUUUCGUACCACUGGGAAUUAAGGUGCUCGUUUUGCUGGUGAUACUGAGCCUCACCGUGUUCUCCAGAGGUCCUUCCUCCACCCCAACCAGCCUGGCCCGGCCACAGCAGCAAGACUCCACCUACGAAAAUUUCGACCGCAGACACAGCAGCAACCAGAGCUUGCCAACAGAAAGACCCGCGGCACGAUGCAGCUGAGCACCUGGGCUGUCCCACACACACCUCCUCACACGGCCUUGCAGGUGCGUGUUUUCCAUCUCUGCUGUGACUUACAAACAACAGAAGCCUUCAAAGGGAAGACAGAUAAAAGAAAAGAGGAGUGGAGCUGAACGAACAGAGAUUUCCAUGAGAUGCCAGUUCUAACCAACCUGCAUGUUUCUAGCCUGCAUCAGAGAGUGUUUAGCAAACAGAUAAGUCUACCAUUUUCUCACGUUUUUGCUUUAGCAUAUAUCAAAUGUUACUUCAAAAAAAAGUUUUCACCACUCUUCAAAACGUGCAGAUUCCUAGAGCCAGCAAGCGAAUUAUUUUAUGUUUUAAAUACCAGCUGUAAAGAAAAAUGCUACUGGAAUUUGUCGUUUUUUUACUAUUGUUAUCAUUCCUUAACUUCCAGAAGAGUUUGUGUAAAACUUAACUUUCAAGGCGUCCAAUCAAAAAAGAAAAGAGGUUUUCAGUUAGCUGACAGAGCUGAAAGCAAGACAUUCAAAGGGAGGUCUGUAUUGCAACUCUGCUGUGGCUCCUGAUAGGGGUACCUGGUACACAAUCCCACGUGCACACUAACAAAGCUCUGAUACUCUGCAAUAAACAUGCUAUGAAAACAUUCCAAUAAAACAAACUACACCA